UCGUUCGGGGGGUUUUCUGUCACUUCGCCUGGAGUGUUAGUGUUUGUGACUAGUAUAAGAAAUAUAUAAGGCCUGCACGUCGAGCGACUAGAGCACAGUUCCCUAGUAUACCUUUGCGAAUCUACACAUCUCGUUUCGGAGGCUUCAGUCCACUUACGGAAAAAAGGUUUUCACCAUCUCCAUACUCAAACAUGAAACUGUUCGUCGUGAUUGCUCUGGCUCUGUUUGCCGCGGUGGCUGCCCAGGACAAGUAUACCACCAAGUAUGAUGGUAUCAACGCGGACGAGAUCCUAAAGUCGGACCGCCUGUUCAACAACUACUACAAGUGCCUGCUUGACCAGGGCCGCUGUACUCCGGAUGGCAACGAGCUGAAGCGCAUCCUGCCAGACGCCUUGCAGACCAACUGUUCCAAGUGCAGCGAGAAGCAGCGCACCGGAGCGAUCCACGUGAUCGACUACAUGAUCCAAAAUCGCAACGAACAGUGGAAGGUGCUGCAGAAGAAGUACGACCCGGAGGGCAAGUACACCAGCAUGUACCGCGAGGAUGCCAAGAAGGCUGGCAUCGAGUUGCCGGCUCAGUAGACGACAUCUUCCUAGUACACUUCCUACACCUUCCAAGUCCUGCAGCCAUCUGGAUGCCAUCGGAUCACCGCUGAAACACUGAAUCGGCGGUCCCCAGCUCAACCGCAACGAUGAUGCUCAUCGUUUCUCUCUCCGUGCCACUUCUACUUGUGCCACUAAGAACGAUUAAGGGACAAUGGAACACGGUUCGCAUGUGUACCCCGUACAGUGUUUCUGUGAACCAUUUAAAAUUUGUUCCGGAUUGCAAUCGUUUGACGAUAACCCAUCGACCAUACUUGCUGCACUUCGGCCAUGUAGUUCGAUUGCUUCGCCACUUUGACGGAUACCAGUGAAGCGACCACUACACCGUGUGCUGAGUUUGCCAUUGCUACCACUUUCGGUUGGACGAAACUUUCUACUGUUUGUGAUAUGUGUUUUGCAUCAAUUGAUAAAGUGGCAUUUACAAACGUGCGCCAAAUUAUACCUAGGGCUAACCAGAUGAACCAAAAACUAUAAAUAAAGCAUUUUUACAUGAAAAUAAGA